CCUUCCCCAGAGCAUCCGUGAGCUAGGAAAGCCGCGGUAGCUGCGGGCUGCGGCGGCGCGGGAGUCCGGUGCGAGAGAACCACGGCAGAGAGAAGGACUUCCCGGGACAUCAUGCGGAGUGCCGCCAAGCCCUGGAGUCCAGUCGCCAAAGCAGGCAGCCAUGGUCCUGAUCGCACUCGGCCCCUCCCUGGCACUCCUUCUGGCAUGAAGAGCUCCAAGUCUUCAACCUCGCUGGCCUUCGAGUCUCGGCUGAGUAAGCUCAAGAGGGCCAGCAGCGAGGACACACUCAACAAACCUGGAAGUGCCUCUUCAGGGGUGGCGAGACUGAAGAAGACCUCAACCUCCGGAGCCAUCUCUGAGCUCACUGAGAGCCGCCUGAGGAGCAACACAGGGACUAUUCCAACAACUAAACGGACAGGCAUUCCAGCUCCACGGGAACUCUCAGUAACUAUCUCCAGAGAGAGGUCUGUGCCACGUGGUCCCUCCAGCUCAAAGAAGUUGGGCUCCAGUCCAACUUCUUCCUGCAAUCCCACUCCUACCAAGCACCUGAGGACCACCCCUGCAAAACCUAAGCAAGAGCAUGAAGGUGCAGAGAAGGCUGUGCUCGAGUCCCAGGUACGAGAACUUCUGGCAGAAGCCAAAACCAAAGACAGUGAAAUCAGCAGGCUUCGAAGUGAACUAAAAAAAUGCAAAGAGAGGUGGGCCCUGAGCACUGAGGAUACCAAUGCUUCAGACCCAAGUGCAGAGGGAUCAUCAGCCCCAGAAAGUGAUGCAGAGCCUUUGAUAAGAACCCUGGAGGAGAAGAACAAGACCUUUCAGAAAGAGCUCGCUGACCUAGAGGAAGAAAACAGGGCCUUGAAGGAGAAACUGACUUACCUUGAGCAGUCACCAAAUUCAGAAGGGGCAGCAAGUCACACUGGUGACAGCAGCUGCCCAACAUCUAUAACCCACGAGUCCAGUUUUGGAAGCCCAGUUGGAAAUGAGUUGUCUAGUGAAACGGAUGAGUACAGAAGAAGCACACAUGGGAGUGCCUUGCGGACAUCAGGGUCUUCAAGCAGUGAUGUCACCAAAGCCUCUCUGUCACCGGACGCCUCAGAUUUUGAGCAUAUCACUGCAGACACCCCAUCUCGGCCCCUGUCAGCCACUAGCAACCCUUUUAAGAGCUCCAAGGGCUCCCCUACUGGGAGCUCCCCAAACAAUGCAAGUGAGCUGUCCUUGGCGUCUCUCACCGAGAAGAUACAGAAGAUGGAGGAGAAUCAGCACAGCACUGCAGAAGAGCUGCAGGCUACUCUGCAGGAAUUAUCAGACCAGCAGCAGAUGGUGCAGGAACUGACAGCCGAGAACGAGAAGCUAGUGGAUGAGAAGACCAUUCUGGAGACCUCCUUCCACCAGCACCGAGAGAGGGCAGAACAGCUGAGUCAGGAAAAUGAGAAGCUGAUCAACCUUUUACAGGAGCGAGUGAAGAAUGAGGAACCCAGUGCCCAGGGAGGGAAGAUCCUUGAGCUGGAGCAGAAGUGCACGGAUAUUCUCGAGAAGAGCCGCUUUGAAAGAGAGAAGCUGCUCAACAUUCAGCAGCAGCUGACCUGUAGCCUACGGAAGGUUGAGGAAGAAAACCAAGGCGCUAUAGACAUGAUUAAGCACCUGAAGGAAGAAAAUGAGAAGCUGAAUGGGUUCCUAGAACACGAGCGGUGUAAUAAUAGUGUGAUGGCCAAGACUCUGGAGGAAUGUCGAGUUACCUUGGAAGGCUUGAAAAUGGAGAAUGGGUCCUUGAAGGCUCUUUUGGAGGCUGAUAAGCAAAAAGCCAUAGAGGCCAGCAGUACUGUGGGGCAAACAGCAGAGAACUUCGAGGUUCAGGAGAUGCUGAAAGUGGCUCGAGCUGAGAAAGAUCAGUUGCAGCUGUCUUGCACAGAGCUCAGACAAGAAUUGCUAAAGGCAAAUGGUGAAAUUAAACAUGUUUCCAGCCUGCUAGCUAAGAUGGAGAAAGAUUAUUCUUACCUGAAAGAAGUCUGUGAUCAUCAAGCAGAACAGCUGAGCAGAACCAGCCUAAAAUUACAAGAGAAAGCUUCAGAAAGUGACGCAGAAAUCAAAGACAUGAAAGAGACCAUAUUUGAAUUGGAAGACCAGGUGGAGCAGCAUCGCGCCGUCAAGUUACACAAUAACCAGCUCAUCAGUGAGCUGGAAGGCAGUGUGAUCAAGCUGGAGGAGCAGAAGUCAGACCUAGAGCGGCAAUUAAAGACGCUAACAAAACAGAUAAAGGAGGAAACAGAAGAAUGGAGGCGAUUCCAGGCAGACUUACAGACUGCAGUGGUUGUGGCCAACGACAUCAAGUGUGAGGCUCAGCAGGAGCUGCGCACUGUGAAGAGGAGGUUGCUGGAGGAGGAAGAGAAAAAUGCCAGGUUGCAGAAGGAGCUGGGGGACAUACAGGGGCACAGCAGACCUGUGAAUGAAGAGCCAGAGUCCUCAGAGGUCGAUGCUGCUGGCCGGUGGCGUGGAGUCUAUGUCAACAGAACAUCUCCAGCUCCUUCAGACUCUGCAACCACAGUAAAGUCACUGAUCAAAUCAUUUGACUUAGGACACUCAGGUGGAACUGGCCAGAGUAUUUCUGUCCACAAGACUCCCAGAAGCCCCCUGAGUGGAAUCCCAGUGAGGACUGCUCCUGCCGCUGCUGUCUCUCCGAUGCAGAGACAUUCAACAUACAGCAGCAUGAAGCCAGCCAGCAAAGGGACGCCUCAGCGCUUGGACCUGCCGGACCUUCCCCUCUCUGAUCUUCUGAAGGGAAGGGCCGAGGACCGGAAGUCAGACCCUUACCUCCGAAAGAGUCCCUCACUGGAGUCCCUGAGCAGACCCCCCUCCCUGGGCUUUGGGAACACCAGACUGCUGAGUGCGUCCACCGGGGGUCUGAAGCCAAGCAAGCUCAGUGUUGAAAGAAGAGACCCUCUGGCAGCCCUGGCCCGGGAGUAUGGUGGCUCUAAGCGUAAUGCACUCCUGAAAUGGUGUCAGAAGAAGACAGAAGGUUAUGCGAACAUUGAUAUCACCAAUUUCAGCAGCAGCUGGAGUGAUGGGCUGGCCCUCUGUGCUCUGCUGCACACCUACCUGCCUGCCCACAUCCCAUACCAGGAAUUGAACAGUCAGGAGAAAAAAAGGAAUCUCCUGUUGGCAUUUGAAGCCGCGCAGAGUGUAGGCAUCAACCCCAGCCUGGAGCUCAGUGAGAUGCUGUACACGGACCGGCCUGACUGGCAGAGUGUGAUGCAGUAUGUGGCCCAGAUCUACAAGUACUUUGAGACAUAAACAGACCCACUGGCUGCCGCUUGACCUCAAGUUAGUCCUGGACGCGCCUGCUCACCGUCCAUCACACCUGCUAUGCCCACCAUCUCACCACCUGGAUUUCCAAGGAAGGCUCAAGCCAAGUGGGCCAGCACUCCAUCGAGAGGCAGAGCUGCCUCUUCCAUGCCCCACCAUGCGGACCAGAGGCAAACAUGCCUGGAGCCUAUGUUCAGGAAUCCUUGCUCCCAGUGGGAAGUUUCUAGAGAGGCAGGCCCCACUCCUCACACACUGGGUCUCCAAACCCAGGCUCUCUUCUGUGAGAUUCCAGUGUUGCCAGUCCCUUGUCCAGCCCACACGUGGUCUACGUGCUGACAACAGCCCUUCACUCUCCAUGUCUCUUCUCCUUCCCCCCUUCACUAACACUGCUCUGGUCUUGCUUCAGUCAAAACUCUGUCCUUAGCAACUACCUGCCCCAAAAUAAAGCAGCACCCCACAGAACAGAAAAACAAAUGCAGCUUUUGCCUCUUAGCCACCUAGCAGCCCACUGACUAGGGAAAUAGUUUGCUCAGCUCUGUGUAACUGAGGACUUAAUUACACUGCGUAGGUCUCACUGUCCCCAUUUGAUUCCUCAAGUGUGCAAAGGAGCUUUUGGUGCCUUGCUGAUGGUCCACGGGAGGCCAGCUGGCGUGCACAUGAACCACACAGCCUGAGUACAGGGCUGGUGUCUUGGCUGAUGGAACCAUGACCGUUGUCCACAUCACCUUCUGCCCUGCUAUUUAUUUACAAUCCCGUUCACACACACAUCUGCCUAAUAUGUGGGACUCAACAGAAGUCCCUGACGCGUGUGAAGCAGCCUGUGCUGGUGAGCUCCUUGCACAUUUGAACAGUCCAACAGGGUGGGAAGGCAGAAAUAGAAACUGUGUUUUAGUUCCAGACAGAGUUGGUCCUUAGCACUUGUUGGGCCUUAUACAUUUGCCUAAUGAUAAAAGCUAUGAGAACAGUCACACUUUCCCCUGAUAUCCUGCUGUUUCUCUGAGAAACACCGCACCUUCUCCCCCCUACCCCCUACCCCUGACUGCGGGGCUCAUUGGCUCUAGAGUCUAGGGGCUUCUUGCUAUUUUUCUCCGUCAAAUAAGUGUGCACUUCAUAGCAAAUGAGGGUGCCCCUUUCUCAGCUCAUUGGCUCUAGAGUCUAGGGGCUUCUUGCUAUUUUUCUCCGUCAAAUAAGUGUGCACUUCAUAGCAAAUGAGGGUGCCCCUUUCUUAGACAGUUGGGUGUGCACAAACACCCAUUAUUGUUCUAAGUGCCAAAUAGCCCUGUGCUGGUCCUUUGAGAAAGGACCAUGUUCACAGCCACCCCUGAGAAUAACCGCCAUAGUUCUAGUGAAUCUCUGCCUGCUUAUCUGAGCCACCCUGCUGGCCCGGUCUGUAUCCUUGGAGGACCUGGGUUCUGUCCCUCCCUCCAGUCCAUCCCUCUGAUGGGUGGCAGCUGGGUGCAGCAGCACUGAUUCUCAAACUGUUGUAGCCUCUUGGGGCCACAGGCUCCACCUUCAGGCUCUAUCUGUAGUUCUUGGCUGUGGCUCCAUCCAGUUCCCCUGGGACUCCUAGCAACUGCAUGCCUGACCCUCCAAUCAGGUGAGUCAGAAUAACUGGAACCUAGCAAAGAUGGAGUCUGCAGAUUCUCACAGUUCUCCAGAACUGGUGGACAGCCAUGCAGAGGGGCAGGACACUCCCCACCCCCGCAGCCCCCUGUGCUCCCCACAGGAGCUCCUGAGCAGUAGUCAGCUGUGAAAUGGGCCCCUUCAUCUCCAGGUGGAAGUCGAGGGCUCAGAACCUCCUUUCUGAUGAAUGUGUUGCUCAGAACGCUAGGACGUGUGCUGCGUCAGCACUGGCUGUGUUGAUGUGAUUGAGGACAGCCUCACUGUCCCUGGGCUUCUGCUCUGCCCAGCGGGGAAAGGGAAGUGCUGUCCCACACAUCUGGGUGCUGGUUCCCCACGGGUGAUCUCCAGCUGUGUAGGAGAGGCCACAGUUAAGGCUUGUAGUUCAGUCUGUCUCUGGCUCUUGUCAGGGUGCUGUCUAGACAUUUAGGAGCUCUCAGCAGAGCAGGCUCCAUGCCAGUCUCUGAACACCUUACAGUUCCUUGUAAGUGGAGGCACUUUGGGGCCCAGCCUCCCUGUGAUUGGAACCCAGUUUGCCUAAGACUGGCCAGCCACAUGUUCUUGUCUUUAUUUUCCUUUGGCUUUCUCCUGAUUACUACACUUCUUGCCAGGGAUGUAGAAGAGAAAUGAGAUCAUUCCCAGUAGAAGCAGGUACUGCUGGUGAUGGGGGUGAGGCAGAGGGCAGGCAGAUAGCGCUCUGCUCUGGAUCUCUGACAUAGUACCACAUUGCUGCAUGUGGAGGUUCAGGGUCUGGGAGGAGCUCGGGUACAAAAGGGAAUAUGGAAAACUGACCAGCUAAGACUACCAGCACAGCCGGUGCCUUACAUUUUCUCUGGUUUUAUUGGGGUGCUUGGGGGUGGGUUUGUUUGUUUAUUUGUUUGCUUUGUGUUGGGGAUUUUAUGAAACAGAAUCUCAUGGCUGGUCUUGAAUGCCUGAUCUUCCUGACUCUGCCUCCCAGGUGCUGAGAUUAGACACCAUGCCUGGCUUUGGUACUUUGUGGUUUUGCUGUGGUUUUGUUUGUCUUGUGCUUCUUUACUAACUAUCAUUUGGAGGCUGUCAAAGGCCUCCAUGGCCGUGUGUUUCCCCUCUGCCCUCAGCUAAGCACAAGAGAGGCCUGCAGAAUGUAAGACCCUGAGAAGUUAAACCAUGUGGGGAAGUCCGUGGUUUUCUGUGCUGAGUGGUGUCUGAGCUGAUGACAGGUGACAGUGCUGAGGCCACGCCCACAGGUACAGGGUCCGAGGAACGGCCCUCUCCUCAGUCCCUUCUCACUUUAGCAUCCGAGUUUGUCCUUAGUUCUCAUUCUUCAUCCAGUUGUUCCUCAGCUUUUGUAGGGCAUCUAGAAUUCAAGCCGUGGCUGGGAGAGAGAAAGUCAUGUCCUGCCAAGCAUGGUGCCCCUGCCUAUGACUUCAGCUAUUCUGGAGAUGGAAGCAGGAGAAUCAGUUGAGCCUGGGGAUUUGGUACUAGUCUGGCAAAAGAGACCCUGAGAGGGAGUGGGGCUGCCCCAAAGCAGUCGGCCUUCUAGCAGUAAUGACUAUCUGGAGUAUUCUCUUCCCAUCUCCCACGAGCACCAGACACAUGCCAGUCUCACUGGCCAGUGGGAAUGGAGAACUGAGACCCUUGGGGACAAACCCACUCACCAAAUCUAGCAGUUUCUAAGUAUCCCAGUUAGAGAUGUACCACGACCAACACAAAUGAAAGCGGGAGCCCCCAGCCAUCUGAAGAGAAGCGUUUCCAGCACCCGCUUAAGGCCCUGGGCAUCUAGCCCUCUGAUGGAGGUUGGAGUUCUGGGACACCCUGAGUGGCUCACUGACCAUCACUACAUUAGUUGAAUACACUUGAUACAUUGUGGCCUCCUUUCUGUCAAGAGCACCAAGCACUGCCCAAGUGUGACAUACUACUCGAGGAGAACAGAGCUCAUAAUGGAAGUGCAAGGUGUGCCGCUGUGUAGUAUUUCUAAUAAAUACAUUUUGUUUCUGCCUCA